CAGCCUAUCCAAAUAGAUGCCAUUACAGUAAGCUCGCGUUCCUUCGGCAAAGGCCCAGCAUUUGCACUUGCGAGUUAAUCAUGCAGCGGCAAGGCGGAUGGCGAGCAUCUGAGUUGCAUCGUUAGGGAAUGCUUAGUGUACAUUAUGUUACAAAGGUUUCACUAAUAUUGAGAGCGCUCUAGAUGUCAACCGGAGACUUGAACGGCAACGUGCAGCGUCUUCUGCGGGAGCUAAAGGCGAUCAAAUAUCCAGCGGACGUCGAUGAAGUGGGGUUGCGGUUAGGAGACCCUGUGGCAUUCCUCCCUCUGCUUAGCUACUCCCUACUGAAAUUCUCUCGUCUUGUCGCACGCUUCAUCGUGCGAAACGGCUUCGAGCUUGCCGGAAAGACAGACCAACGGUUUAUUGAAGCCAGCUUCAAGCUAUUUAGGGACGUGCUGAAUGUGCGGACGGUUCUGACGCCAGUGCAAUUCUUCGAGCACGGCUUUGCGGAGCGCAAGGUUCUUUUGCUCUGCGACGUAAUCGCGGUCUGCAAGAAACUUCACAAUGAUGAGGUCCGGCACGAGCGCUUGGCUGCCCUUAAGGCUUCACGGCAGCCACAGGAGCCAGUCAGCAACAGGACCCCUUUGACUCGGAAGACGAGUCCGGUGGUAAAGGUCGUGCGGAACGAGGAUGUGGAGGUCCACCAGAUCCUAGCACCGCAGCACUUGCCGCACGCCACGGACGGCGCGCAAUCCGUGUACAGGACCCGGAGAACUGUCGCUUCAUCGCCCUCGCCUUCACCCAGCGUGCCGCCUGGCAGGGCAUCCGCUGGGCCCCAUGCAGCAGCAUUGGGCGCGUUGCAGGCACCCCGCAAGGGCGAUGCCUUGGAGGCUACCCUCCGCCCUGCAGUACGGGCGCCGGCAGGGCAGGCGUCCGGCAGCAGACCGGCUGCCCCAUCCGCUCAACCUCAGCCCAUCCACACAUGGUUCUUGAAUCCAGCCUUUGACGGGGCCGAGGAGGGCGCGACGGAUUUGGGCUUCAGCUUUGGCCUAGGAGCAGGUAUUCCGGAUAGCAGCGCUUGGUGGAAGUCGACAGCCAGCCCGGCACAACCCCAGGCAACUGUUUCCGCAAACCAACUCCGCAGCAGUCCGCCUGAGCGGGUUGCUGGCCGCCACGCCGACAACAGCAAGCACUUGUACUACGGCGCUCGAACCGGUACCCAGGCUGCUGCGGGGCCGACAGCUGGCCACCAGGGUCAGCCAGGGCAACCGCAGCAGCAGCAGGGAACCCGCGCCACAGCACAACAGCGUAGCGGUCCUGGAACCGCCUCGGGCGCUAUGGCAACAGCGGCCGGGGGCAGUACCGCUGCAUCCAGCGGCGCUGCAUUCGCAUCUCGUGGCCUGGAUGAGUGGAGCUUCAGCAACUUCUUUGGCCCGGGCAAGGUGUCACCAGUGCACGCCCAGCGGCGGAGCAGCGUAGCGGAAGACGACGACUCCAGCCAGGAGUUGGCUGGAGCCAGUGGCGGUGGCGUCACGGAGGAGCAGGCGAGUGACGGGCCGGAGGCCUACGCGGACGCGAACCAGCACCGUCAUGGGCAACACUGGGGGCUCAGUGGGCAGGGUGACAGGCACGUGAUGCACCAAAGCCACCCGUUCACGGCUCACCAACCCGGUGGCGCGUCAGGGCCGCUGCUUGGGAGCGGUGCGGCUGCACCACAGCAGGGCGGGCAGCUGCUAGACCAGCAGCCGCGACACCCGGCGCGGGAAGUUGCCGCUGCUGCUGCUGACACGGACGUGGUCUGGCAAGUAAAGCUUGAGCAGCUGGAGCGCGAAUCACGGGAGCAGCUGCAGCAGCUGCGGGAGAAGCUGGCGGCUGUAGAAGAGGAGUUGGAAAGGUGCAGGGCGGAGGGUAAGCAGACGCGCGACGUGAUGCAGGCAAGCAUAACGGUUCUGGAAGGUCGCGUUCGCUUCCUGGAGUGUGAGCUGGACCUGUGCGUUAAGCGCCCUCCCGGCUACGGGGAUUCGGCGCCUGUCCACAACACCGGUUUCUCGCCGGGAGCUGUGGCUAGGGCCGGACAGGGACCAAGUGCCGGACCAUCUCCUGCGCGGCCUCGGUCUGCGGGCCCUGCGCUGCAAGCAGCAGGGCCCUUGGGCACAUCCGUCUGGAGCUCACCGUCCCGGUCGCCGUCGGCUGCAGCGCCGGCGCCAGCUGCAGCGCAGGGGGCAGCAUACACAACGAUGGACUCCCGUGCGCAGGCUGGAGGCCCGGCGGAUAGCGGCCGCCGAGAGGCGUAUACGUCGGCGAGUGUGGACUUCGGUGGACACGACCAUGCGCGGUCCGGUCUGGGCGCCUCUGCAACGGGGAUGAUGUCCACAGCUUCCGCCAUAGGGUCUACAGGGUCCACCUUCUACCCGAGCCGCCCACUUGCAACAGCAGCACCCGCGGCUCCGCCUUCACAGCCCGUCGCGCAGCAACUACCGGCGUUCUCGCCCAUGCCCCCGCCCUCAUUCUCAUUCCAGCCUAGGAGCCUCAUGCAGCAAGUCGCCGCAGCAACAGUGCCGCAGCCAGCGCAGGCGGUGCAGCGGCCGGUUGAGGCCAUGGGCAGCACCCGCUACAUGCAAACUACUGGUCCUGGGAGCCACGUGCUUCGCAGCAGCUUUGACAGCGGAGCACCGAACAGCCAGGAUGCGGUACCUGGCAGCACAGCAGCUGCACUGGGAACCACCUCGGUUCGCACAAGCAUGGACACAGGCAUGCUGUCGGGAUCCUCCAUGGCUGCUGGUGCGAGCGCGGGGGAAGCUGCCGGGGCUGGCAGUGCAGACGCUAGUCGUGCAUACGUGUCGUCCUGGAGGCCUUCUGAAAGGGAGAGGGCAGGGGUUCGCCAUGCCGGGCCGACCAGCAUCCUUGACGGCCUUGGCGCGCAGCCGCAGCAGCAACCCGGGCGCAUGCUGCCAGGCGGAGGAGCUGCUGCGUCGCAGGGGCUGCGAGCUCUGCAGCCUCAGGGAGCAGCUCAUGCAACGCAGCCGGGCAAUGCGGAUGUGGUUCAUGCCGGUAAUGCAGUAUCUAGCAUUCCUAGUGGCAGUGGAUUGUCAGCUGUCGGCGGGGCAGCAGCCGGGGCCCAUCCAGGUGCCUCGGUGAUGUCAACGCCGGCCGCAGGGCUUCCAGGGCCGGGCGCUGUGGGCGAGGCACCUGCCACCGCAGGUGAAUACCGGAGCACGAACGACCUCAUCAACAGCUUGUACAUGCGGUAUACAGAUGCAAAUGACUUCCUGCAGACGCUGCGCAAACGCUGAGUUUGGUUCGGGCUUGGCAGUUGACCCACGUUACGGUCUGGACGGCUGUAGUGCACAUGACGCGUGAAUGUGAUCCUCAUCAUGGCUGAUACCUUCCGGUGGGGACAUGGGACGGUGGUCGCGCCUGGCUCCUGCCAGGGGCUCUUUUACCGCAGGUUUCUUCUUGGACUUUGACAUGUUUCCCACACCUCUUUCAAACGUUGCUGACAGUUUGGACAUUGACACGUGUCAGGACGACGGUUGCCAACGCAACACGAUAGAACUAUGGCCAUGUGCGCGCAGCAGUUGCGCAGCCGCCGCAUAUAUUUGGUUUGUACGACAGAUGACUGAAUAAGCGUUUAGGUGUUCUAAUGAACGUUUACUUUCUUGGACAUGAAGGAAAGACAAGAAUCCGGUAUUGGUGCAGAGACUCGGCGUGUAUGCCGUUGGACCCCGUGUCAACGAGACACCUU